AUGGAUUUAGAAAAAGUAAAUAAUGCCCGUGAGUUUCUCACACAUGCUCUAAGGAGUGUUUCGGAGAUUGGUAAGAUAUUGACUAUUAGUUCUGAGAAAUUGUUGAACACUAAAGUGGUUUAUGCUGAUAUGUCAACUGUAGACAAUGUCGUCAAAGCUAAUGAGAAGAUUAAAAAAAUGGUGGCGAUUGCCAAAUUGAAAUUGGACGAUGUGCAAGCACAGUCUACUAAAGAUUUACAAGACUUACUUACAUCAAUGGGCAUACCUGUUGAAGAACCUGGUAAGAAAUUACUCAAUGGUGAUACUAAUGGAGACUCCAGUAUUAAUAAUAGUGCAGGGGAAGAUAAAAGUGAUGGUGCGCCUAUUUCCGAACCAGAGGGUACGGUGGACACAGUUGAUAAAAUGAUAGAUGAUAAAACUACUAGUGAUGAUAAAGUUACUAGUGAUGAUAAAGUUACUAGUGAUGAUAAAGCUACUAGUGACAAUAAAGCUACUGAAGACCGCAAAGGUUUCAUCAAAGUUGUAGACAUCACAAAGUUGAUGGAACCUAAAAAAACCGAAAGUGUCAUUGUAAUAAGUGAUACUGAUGUGUCAAGCCCUGAAAAACCUAAACCAAAACCCAAACUCAGACCCAGAUCUAAAACAAAUUACAACCCCAUACAAUCCAUAUACCAAUCAGACCCCUUAUUCAAACCCAAAAGCAGCUUCAUCAAACUAAACGACGUCACUUGUGACAUCAAAACCAUCAUGCACAAAAACCGCAUUCAAAAAGUCUUCGACCCUAAAGGCAACUUGUUACAACAAUCCACGUCCCCCCGUAGCCGAUCCAGCAAAGAACUAGCAAAAUCCAGGUUCGAAAGUUACCGCAAAACUCGUACAGAACGACGCAAAAAAACUGCCCCCGAAGAAGAAUGCGAAAAAGACGACUCCGACGCUGAUACCACAAUCCAACCUGUCCCAGAAUUCGACGACAUCCCAAAACCCGAUAUAAAAUCAAGCCUCAAAGACCUAGCUUCACCUAAAGUCAACAAACGGGUAUCUUUUGCCAGCGGAUCUUCCACUGAUGAUGAUGACGAUAAAGCCAAAGAGAAUUCUAACUGUGAUGAUAGUAAGAAUGAUGAUGAAGGUGUGAGGAAGACACGAGCGACCCGGAAUGAGAGGAAUAAAAAAUCAAGUCUGCGCCAAAUUAAAAAGAAUGAGGAUAGUAAAGACUCUGAUUCUGAUUCUAAUGAUGAUAAGACUCUUGUAGAUGAUUCUAAUGGUGAUAAUGAGGGUGAGAAAGCGGCAGAGGGAGUUGAAGGUGAAAAAGAGCCCCAACAGGAUGAUGAUGAGCCUAAGGAAAGUGCUGCCGAGGGUGAUGAUGAUCCUGAAAGCACUCAGAAAGAAUCUACUGCUAAAUCUGGUGAUGGAGAUGGUGAUUGUAAUGAAGCCGAAAAGAAACGAACUUUGGAUGAUUCUCAAGAAGAAGACUCUACCAAUGCAAAGAAGCAAAAAGUCGACGAGAAGAACUCAGACGACGAAAUCGACAAACUGACCAAUUUAAAAACCUUGGAGCAAAAACGUUCUGACAAAAAGGCAUCGAAACCAUCAAAAAAAUCUCCCAAAAAUUCAGGAGACGAAGAAAAAGAUCCAGAAGAAGAAAAGGAUGGUCAAGAAGAAAAAUUUGGCGAAGAGGAAAAAGUUGGCGAAGAGGAAAAAAUUGCUGAAGAAGACCAAGGAGAGCACCAUGACGAAUCAUCAGAUGAUGCAAACACUUUAAUCGAAAAUGGCACCGACGAAAUCCUGGCAGAAGCCCAAAAUGAAGAGUGUAAUGAUUUUGAAAGUGUUGACAUUCCUGAGAAGCUAAUCGAAGACAUGAUGAAUUCACCGGAAGAAAAUUCUGAUGACGAGAAAUCUGGUGAUGACGAGAAAUCUGGUGAUAAGGCUUCUGGUGGUGAAGACCAGGACAAGGAGAAAAAGUCUGAGAAGAAACAGAAAAGUAGCAAGAAAGAUAAGGUGGCAAACACGUUUAAUGUCUUAUUUUAA